UCGGCAUUCUUAAGUUGGUUAUAUUUGGCUGGGCGUGUUAAUUUUCGGUGUGUUUUUCUGAUUUGUUGUGGGGUUAAAUUUGGCUAAAUCGAUGUUCCUCCAGCAGUGUACAGUGAUGGAGCUCAAUGCGUAUCGAGCAAAUGAGGUUUUGGAACCGGUAGCCGUGCAGUACUGCCCCGACAGCCCGCGGUCCGCGAGCCCUGCGCCCGUUCUGUCCACAAAUGUCUGCUGUGACUUGGAAGACAUCUUGAGCGACGCCAUAACAGAGUCGCUUCACACCUCGCUGCGGCUGAACCACAGUCAGCUGAUCAACCAGGAGUUGACCAUACGGCCGGAGGCGAACAUAGAGCAAAACGUACCGGACGGACUUGACUUGUACAAGGUCAUAUUUGAGGUGGAGAGCGACACCGAACCAGAAAUGGCUGAAGACGGAGUUGCCGUGCAGAAUCACCCUCUACAAGAGCCGGAGUCCUGCCGGCUGGUCGGCGGGUCCAAGUUCUACCAAGUGAUGGAGGGCGCGGCCUCCGGAGACGGCUGCUCCCCCUCCCCGACGGAGAAACACGACCACAUGAAGCCGACUGACAGCGAGGACGAAGUUUCAGACGUCGACCAAGAAUGCACGGUGUUCAGCGGUGUCAGCUACCUAGGGGCCCAGAACAUCGCCGAUCCCAAAUCUGAGACUGACAUACAGAGGAUCAUGAAGGAACUCUGUUCCAUGCCGGAGAGCAGAGACGGCAUUGCGGUGUCUAUUUCUAUACCUGUCUGCUCGCAAGGGCUCGUUGUACUAUACCAAGCGGACACGAACAGCGUCAUGACACGCUAUUCCGUCAACCACAUACUCUUCUACGCGCGCGGCACUUCCGGCUCGCCCGUCGCCUCAUGCUUCGCGUUCACGUGGUCCCACGGCGAAACGAGGGAGUCGGCUGUAUAUCGCUGUCACGUGUUCCGCUGCCACAUAGCGGAGGCGGUCAGCCAGGUGUCAACUUGUUUCGCAAAGGCGUUCGAGCGCACGCUGCCCCGCUCGAUGGCUUCCUCGGUGGUGGGGGAGCUGAGCGCCGCGCCGUCCAUGACUGGGUCCCUCACGGACAACCUCCCUCCCUGCGCGCCCCCCAUGCAGCUGAUGCAUGUGCUGGAGGUUACUGUGGAGAUCAAGGAGACCGAUGCUAAGGGCACAUACAGCCACGUACCUAAAGAGCGUCUGGGCUUCAAACUGCGCGGCGGCAUCGACAAGCAGGUCACCAUCAACGUCCAGCAGGUCACCAGCAGCUCCCAGCCAGUCCAGGGCGAGGGAGACGAGUGCCAGGCACCAUAUGGAGGGCUAUACAUCGAGCGCUGUUUUGGAAUCCUACUGGCGCCAGCGCGAGGUGUUAAACACCCGGACAUGAGGCUCCUCGAAAUGGUUAGCGGGUCCUCAGGCGUGUCAGGGUGCUCCGGUUGCGCUCUCUGGAACGCCGGGGACUCUGCCCUAGCCGCGUUCAACGUCGCCAGCGGCGACGGCGCCCCUUCAUACAUGUCCAUUGCCCUAGACCUGGUUAUCAGGGGCAUACCGGAUCCGCUGCGGCUGGUGAUUGAAACUCCUGUGAAAAUCUACCCGCCGACUGAGCGCUUCUGGUACUACUCGAAAAGACCGCUGGUGCAACAGUUCAUCAUCAAUUUGAAAGAGACUGUAGACGCCCAAGGCAUGCUCCAGUACGAAGUUGCCAACGUGGAGACAUCCGGUGAAUUCGACCGUUCGCGUCUGAACUUGCCCCUGCUGUCCAGCCUGCUACCCUCGCCGCUCUCUAACGCCCCCGCGCCGCCCUCGCCCCUCGAUGACUCAGAUGGCGACGAGCCCCUGCUUAGCGGCACCGGCGACGUGUCAAAAGACUGCGGCGAGGAGGUGCUCGAGAACUGGGCCAACGUUCUCAGGAGUUGGACCGGACCUCGCCCUAAAACCCUAGACAACCUCGUCCGCACCAAAGGAGUCCCAGAGGCGCUCCGCGGCGAGGUGUGGCUGCGGCUUGCCGAGGUCGAGCAGUGCGACAAGCUCAUGGAGACCUACAGGACGCUGAUCAGCCAGGAAUGCGAAGAGGAAGCGGUUAUCCAACGUGACAUAGCCCGCACCUUCCCCGCCCACGACUUCUUCCGCGAGGUCGGAGGCCUCGGGCAGGACUCGCUACUCCGCCUGGGCCGCGCUUACGCCAUCUAUGACUCGGAAGUUCGAUACUGCCAGGGACUGAGCUUCUUAGCGGCCACGCUAUUGCUACACAUGCCCGAAGAGCAAGCUUUCUGCCUGCUUGUGCGUCUGAUGUAUGGCUACGGACUUAGAGAGUUGUACAAGGAUGGAUUCGAGGAACUUUACAUGAGGCUGCACCAACUGGACAGGCUUAUGGAGGUGCAGUUGCCAGACCUCCGCGCCCAUUUCCAGCAGCUCGGCGUGGAGCCGCACAUGUUCGCCUCCCAGUGGUUCCUGACUGUGUUCACGGCUAGAUUCCCGCUGCCUCUGGUGUACCACAUUCUAGACGUAUUCCUCUUGCAAGGCAUAAACACGUUGUUCCAAGUGGCCCUGGCAUUACUGACUCGCUCCCGCCGGGACUUGUUACAACAUGACUUCGAAGGCGUACUCAAAUACUUCAGAGUGACGUUACCGAAAAAGUGCCGCUCUGAAGAAGCGACAUCGCACGUCAUUAAGCUAGCCUGCAGCAUCAAGGUGCCGCAGCGGCGGCUGCAGAAGUACCAGCACGAGUAUGAGAAGUUCGUCAAAGAAGCGGCAGAGAAGGAGAAAUUCAACGACGAACUGGAGCGGCUGAAGACCACCAACAACCAGCUGCAGAAGGAUAAAGACACGCUCGAAACGCAGUUGGCUGAGAGUCGCGCCUCGUUCGAGGCUGCUCGGAAAGAGACGGCCCAUCAUGCCGCCGUAGCGCGCGACUACCGCGACAUAUGCGCGCGGCUCGACAAGCAGCUACACCUGAUGCAGGAUUACGCCAAGGCGUGCACCACAUGCAGCGUUAAAAUAGCUCAGAAAGACAACAAGGAUGAAUCCGAACAAGAAAGCGACAGUGGGAGCAGCAGCGACACAGAAGCCCAACUAAGGCAGCGCGUGCGAGACUUAGAGCUCGACCUGGCUCAAGUCAAGCUGGCUUUAGUCGAGGCGCAGUGUCACAACCAGGAGCUAAGCCACCAGCUGAACACGGCCCUCAACGAGGUGCAAUCCGUCAUGAACCAGAAGCAAACCGUCGCGCCCUGGCUCGUGCGCACGCUCGGUUCCAUUAUGGAGGUGGCGCACAACCGGCCGUCUUUUCAGACUUACCUGCCCGCGGACGCACCAACGCAGCCCCUGCGGCGCCAGGGCUCCUUCACGGGCUCGCAGGGACAAGCAGGCCACGGGCAUGCCAACCUCGACCGCCGCGUGUCCGAGCCGACGGAGGGCGUGGUCACCCGAAGGAGGCCCGAAGACCCCAAACGGCACUCCAUGGUCGUCGAGACCCCUCGCGAGCCUAAAGACAACAGGCGGAGCCACGACGGACACUCCGUGGGUUGAGGAGUUUGGGACACGCCCUGGUAUUUUUGCUCUUAAGUUUUAUAAUUUCGGUGGCAUCUUCAUUAAGCUGAUAUCACUUUUAUAUAAUUUCGGU